AUGACAGAGGUCGCCAAACCAGUUGAUUUCCUAGCCCACGCUACGGCGUUCCUCUAUGACUGUUCUGCUCGUGCACGCGCGGCUGGCGUUACAACCGCCACGCCUACCGAGCGAUUCGUCUUUCAUACUGCCGAAGGGGUUCAGCUACAGGCCUACCUCCGUCAGGGCAUGAUGUUGCCCGCUACGAAGGAGGCCUACGAGACCAAAUAUCCGCGCAAAGAUGUAGAAACAUUUCUCAACGAGCUGGACAAAAAGUUCAACCUGUACCAGGCUGCUCAAGACAAUGCUCUCAGCAUCUUCAAGCACACAACGGAUUUCCACAACAACACUUUCAACGAAAUGUUUACCCUAACGGGCAAGAUCAGAAACUUUGCCGAGGAGGCCAAGGACAAAUGCGAAUACUUGCGGGAACAGUUUGUGAUUAUUACAGCAGAUGGCUCAAAAGUCACCGAUCCCGCGGUCAAAGAGGCGAUCGGUACGUCUCAGGCCAUUGCACAAAUCCUAGGUGGAAAGGCAAAGGCCGCAGGUGAAGAAUGUGCAGUGAUGCACAAAGCUCUCCUGAAGUUCAAAAACGACACUGAAAUCGAUCGUAACAAUGUGAUGGACUGCAACAAAAAAUUCACGGCUGUACUGCCGGGUAUCAACGCGAGACUCGAAAAGCUAAAAAAAGACAUCAAGGACCUCAAAGACAAAACUCAAGGGCUAGAGGAUGAGUACCACCACCAGGUUGUUAUCGCGGCGACCACUCCUAGUUAUGCCUGGCUUGGCCCAAUUGGGCUUAUCGCUGCCAUCACGGUGGCAAGUAUCCAUGGGCCAAAGGCAGUGGCUGCAAAAGACGCAUGGGACAGCAACCUAGCCAGCAUUAUUAGUGAGGAGGGGAAAGAAGGGAACCUGAUCAAGAUCAAAGACGCCAUCAACAUGCAGGAUGAUUCUAUGAAAGGCGUCAGAGAAACUAUCGAUGCUGCCCUAGCGGCUACGGAAAAGAUGCGAGGUGCUUUCAGCUUAAUGCAAGGUGACUUCGAUGGUAUUUACACCAAGCUGACCGAUUUUGAGACCAAUAUUGGAAAGACCGAAUUAUUCUACCGAAAGAUCGGUGGACGUGACCUCAAACAGGCUGAGGGCAAGUGGGCAGAGAUUAUGGAACAAACCAAGAUCUUUCAAACUUCAGGCAAGGCUGAGUUCAAGACGAUGUAG